UCUAUGCAAAAUGCGAAAAGUCUUACAAAAAACUUCCUUGUUUACAAAAUUCCAAGAAAUCUAUUCAAAAAAAACUUCAUUUUCUCUCAAAUAACAUAGAAAAUAGAGUUGUAAAAGGAUAAUUUGAAGUGAAAGUGUUGAAAGGGAAUGCAAAAAGAAGAAUGAAAGUCGUGAAAGUACCGGAAGAAGUGCGAAUUUCAGUGAAAAAUUCUCCAGAAAAAAUGUCCAAAGUCUCAGAGAUUUUCUCAAAUAUCUUCACAAGAACUGCCAAAUCGGGCACCGGAAGUAGCUCCAAGGGUACUCAGGGGGUACUCAAAACAGAUGCUGGUCCCAUUGCACCGAGAACAGAUGAAGAAAUCGAGGAAGCUGUGCUGGAAGAGCGAAAUAAUUCUGAGACAUCCUUCCCUUCCAUCCCCCCCACACCGAUUCCAUCACUUGAGAUCACACGGCAGGAAUCACAGAUCAGUGUCCCAGAGACACCAUCACCUCUCCUGCCCAUUCCUGGGGGUUCGGGAAUGGAUCAUGGCAGAAGGAAGGAUCAGUUGGGAUUGGCUCAGGUGAACAACACUCAAGCAUGCAAUGUCUUCCAAUUCACGAAUGUCAAUAAUCUGCACAUUGGAUCAGUUUUCAACAUUACCACAGAGGCAGGAGGAGCUGAGGGUGGAAGGAGAACCUCUCCCAGACCCAGAGUAACGGAGAAUGGUGAGAGAAUCUUUAGGAAGACACCUUCAAUUGAUGCAAUGAUGAAGAGUCAGGAGAGGCUGGAGCAUGAGCAUAUUGAAAUUAUUGCUACUCACCUUGGAGAAGACUGGAGGAAUGUGGCACGAGAUCUGGGAUAUUCUCAGGGACAGAUUGAUCAACUCCUGGAGGAUAAUCACAUCAAUGGCAUCAAAGAAGUGAUUUAUCAGAUGAUCCUCGGAUGGACCCAAGACGACACAACUGCCACCCUUGGGAGGAUUACGGAGAUCUUAUGGCGGAGACGACCACACCAGGAGGUUGUCUACUAUCUCAAGGAGUACUGGAAGCGAAAUAAUAAAACCAAAGCUCGCCGACAAUCUGAAGUGAGUGCCGAAUCAACCGAAUAAAUCCACUUCCUGAAGUGCCUAAUGAAGACAUUCCCGGAUACAUUCCUUCCGUGAUUUUUCUCCCAUUUUAUAAUGUUUUUUUUUUUGUGAUUUGUGAUAAUGGCCAGAGGACAAUAAAAUUGUACAAUAACUCUGGGGUA